UUCUGCCUCUUUCAAAUCAGACUCCACGUGUGUUGUGUCUCGAAGACAGAAUUAUGGCACCAAACAAGCCACCUUUUAAAGUUGCUGACAUCAACCUCCAUGAGUGGGGACGCAAGUGUAUCGAAAUUGCCGAGAAUGAGAUGCCAGGGCUGAUGGACAUGCGUCGUAGGUACGGCCCCUCCAAGCCCCUCAAGGGAGCACGUAUCGCGGGCUGCCUCCACAUGACAGUGCAGACAGCGGUGCUUAUCGAGACCCUGACAGAGCUGGGAGCAGAGGUCCAAUGGUCCAGCUGUAACAUAUUCUCCACACAAGACCACGCGGCCGCCGCCAUUGCUAAGACUGGGGUGCCUGUCUACGCAUGGAAGGGAGAGACAGACGAGGAAUACAUCUGGUGUAUUGAACAGACGCUGGUGUUUGCUGAUGGGAAACCACUCAAUAUGAUCCUUGAUGACGGCGGGGAUCUCACCAACCUGGUCCACCAGAAGUUCCCACAGUAUCUGACAGAAAUCAAGGGGCUGUCAGAAGAAACGACCACAGGGGUCCACAACCUGUACAAGAUGAAGGCAGGUGGACAACUCAAGGUGCCCGCCAUGAACGUCAAUGACUCUGUCACCAAGAGCAAGUUUGACAACCUGUACGGAUGUCGUGAGUCUCUGGUGGACGGAAUUAAGCGCGCCACGGACGUGAUGUUGGCAGGAAAGGUGGCGCUAGUGGCAGGGUACGGAGAUGUCGGCAAGGGGUGUGCUCAGGCCCUCAGAGCCUUCGGUGCACGCGUCCUCAUUGCCGAGAUUGACCCUAUCUGUGCUCUGCAGGCGGCCAUGGAGGGAUACGAGGUGACCACAGUGGACGAAGCUGUGAAAGAGGCCAGGAUAUUCGUGACUGCCACAGGUUGCCAUGGCAUUUUGGAACCGAAGCAUUUUGAGCUCAUGUUGGAGGAUUCCAUUGUCUGCAACAUUGGUCACUUUGACUGCGAGAUUGAUGUCAAAUUUCUCAACGAGAAUUGCAAGUCCAAAGAAAAUGUGGCUCCACAGGUGGACAGAUACACACUGAAGAAUGGUCGCCAUAUCAUUCUGUUAGCCGAGGGUCGUCUCGUGAACCUCGGCUGCGCUCACGGUCACCCAAGUUUUGUUAUGAGCAACUCAUUCACCAACCAAGUUCUGGCUCAGAUCGAGCUCUGGACCAAACCAGGCCAGUACUCCGUGGACGUACACAUGCUACCAAAGAAGCUGGAUGAAGAAGUUGCAGCAGCCCACUUGAGCCACUUGGGUGUGAAACUGACCAAACUGUCCGAGGGCCAGUCUAAGUAUCUGGGUGUCCCACAAGGUGGACCCUUCAAGCCAGAGCACUAUAGGUACUAGUUGGUGGAUGACGUAUCCAUGGCAACCAGCGUUAAGGAGGUCGUCGGUGGCUGCUGUUCACUGUGUUUGGGCAGCUUCCACUUCAGACAAUUUAAGCAUUUAAAUAAUGAUUGAAAUUAGUUUGGCACUUGAACAUUCAUGUGAGGAAUUAUGUGAACUGGCGUUGUCUUGCCACGUGAAGGCGGAACUCUCACCUUAGAAAUUUUCUCAACAGAAUUGUAAUAUUUUUUUCUCAAAUUCUUAUACGUAUAUUUAAUCAGAUGUGAAGGUCCAGAUGUGAUAUUGUCAGCAUUCUUGGUAUCUGCUUGGUCGCAUUGACUGAAAACAAUUUACAUUCUGUGUCGUAAUUUCUUACUUGUUAAUCUCGAUGUUUUUCACUCCUUGGGUGUAUGUACCUGGUUAUGGCAUUUCAUUUAUUGUUCUCUGUGAGAAUUGCGCGUCACCGGUGAGAUCAAUAAAUACGUAUUACUGCUCCGUCUUGCAUUUUCCAGUUUUGUAAAUGUUGUUCACAAUUCUGUGUAAAAAUGAAAAAAAACACGUCGUUGUAUCUGGGGUAAAAUGUAAGAUCUAGGAAGCAAAAUGUUGUCCUCAACGGUAGCAUUUUAUGUAAUAGGCGUUAUUCAGACCUGGAAAAUAAAGAUUUAAAGUUUACUAGUAUACUAUUA